UAGGGUUUUUGAGAAAUCUUCAUUUUGUGAUUUCGAAUUUUCUUUAUCAUUGAUUUUGUUGCGCUUCGGAAUCAUCUGCAACCACCAUGAUUUCUGAUUCGAUCACCAACGCUUCUGCUACUUCAGCUCCAAGCGCGAGGGAUUUCGGAAAAAAGAAAAGGACGAACAGGUCGGCCAAAUUGAAACAGAGCAAGCUAGGUCUUCGUCGUGAGCAAUGGCUUUCUCAAGUUGCGAUGAUUAAUAAAGGGGAUAAAGAGGAAAUGGAUUCCAAUCGAAGAAUUGGGAGUGAAAAACCUGAUCAGAGAGAUCGUCUGGUGGAGAAUUUAGAUGGGCAGCGUAGAGAAGAGGAUAACAAUGGAACACAUCGUCAUGAGAGCUUUAUUGAGUCACUUUCUAAUAGCCCUAACAGCAUUCUUAGUGGCAUGAAUUCAAUUCCUAAUUUUAGCAGCAGCAGUAGCAGUGGAAGUGGUGGCUCUUGCUCUGGUAAUAUAACAGAGGAGGAAGAUGCUGAUGAUGAUGGGUGUUUGGAUGAUUGGGAGGCUAUCGCUGAUGCUUUAGCUGCUGAUGAUGAAAAGCAUGAGAAACAGAAUCCUCCUGAGUCCUGCGAAGAGCAUGGGGAUAUCAAGCAAUUGGCUUAUCCGAGGGAUUUAAUCAGUGGAUCUGAUGUGGUUGCAAAGGCGGAUUGUCCGAGAACAAUGUCAAGGAAGCAGAAGAGUAACCAGGCGUGGAGGCCAGACGAUAAGCUCCGUCCUCAGGGUCUGCCUAAUUUGGAAAAGCAGCGUAGUUUUCCGGUCAUGAAUUUGCAUUUUAAUUCUGUGACAGUGCCAUCUUCGUGCCCUAUUUGCUACGAAGAUCUUGACUUGACAGAUUCAAAUUUCUUGCCAUGUCCUUGUGGAUUCCGGCUUUGCCUUUUCUGCCACAAGACGAUAUGCGAUGGAGAUGGGCGUUGUCCUGGUUGCAGAAAGCCAUAUGAAAGGAACACAAUCAAGGUUGAGGCUAGUGUUCAAGGUGGUGGUCUGACUAUUCGGCUUGCUCGUUCGUCUAGCAUGUUUUGCAGGAUUCUGGUGGAAUGCAAAUCUAACAGGAACUUCUUGGUAGAAUUUGGAGCGUUUGCACAGCCAAUUGUUUUGAUGUUUGGAGGUUAGUAAUUUUUAAACAAUUUGAGUAACCUCAGGCUAUAUUCUGAUGACAUUGUGGUCCUCUUUCACUGUGUAUUUCCUUUUGUCAACGCUAAGGAAGGUUGUUUGUUACUGGUUCAUACUAUUUGAGAUGGCUUUAGGCUUUAGAGUAAUUUUUAUAUUCUAAGAUCAUUGUAAAGUGGAAACCAAAUUUGACUUUAGAAUAGAGAGCUAUUACAUUA